AUGAAACAGAUGAUGAUUGAAGCAUCCAUAAGUAAAGACACUUUGAGGUUGCUAAUUUGCUUUUUUGAAAUAAAACAGUGCCAUAUAUCACUCCAGCCUACUUGUUAUUAUCAGAAUUGGGUACGGUAUUCAUCUAUAUAUUACCAGUUGUAA